CAAGCUCUCUCUCUCUCUCUCUAGUCUAUAUAGAGUUUGACGGGGCGGUGCACGCUCACCCAUACACGCAUAAGCCGUGAUACAUAUGUUUGAUUGUUUCAAACAGGUUGGAAGUCUCCAACUUCUCAUCUCAGACAACUCUUUUUUUUCUGAAAAAAAAUGGCAAGUUGUUUUCAAGGUUGCGUGUUUUUGUUGGCUAUGGUAGCAUUGGCAUUAAGCACACCAUGCUCACAUGCUCUUCGAAUUGUCAAACCUAAGACAAGAACUAGUGUUUUUGUCUCCCCUAAGUUUGUGCUGGAACCAGGAUCAGUUGCAGACAAGUAUUACUACGAUGUCAACUUCCCGAGAGGUCAUAUUGCAAUCAAGAGCUUCAAUGGUGAAGUAAUUGAUGAGGAAGGUAAUCCGAUUCCCCUUCACGAAACUUAUCUCCAUCAUUGGGUUGUCGGGAGGUAUUAUGGCCGGACAGGUUUUGUGGAGCCGGAGGAGGCUCGUUUUGACGACUUUCAAAGGUCGGAUUUCGCUUUUGUGAGAAACAGUGGAGUGUGCCAGGGGUAUACUAAUGGACAGUACUUUGGAAUUGGGUCCGAAACACGGAGAACAGAUACACAUGUUCCGGAUCCAUUUGGAAUUGAAGUUGGGAAUCCGGCAGUGAUUCCCGCUGGCUAUGAGGAGAGAUGGCUGCUCAAUGUGCAUGCCAUUGAUACACGGGGAGUGGAGAAUGGGUUGGGAUGCACCGAGUGCAGGUGUGAUCUUUAUAAUGUGUCAACCGAUUCUCGAGGCCAGCCUUUGAGGCCGGGGUACAAAGGAGGUUUGCGUUGUUGUUAUGAUGGUACACAGUGCAGAGUAAAACAAGGCUUUAAUGGUGUCAAGAGAAACCUCUACUUGAGAUAUACUGUGAAGUGGGUUGAUUGGUCUGAUUCUAUCAUUCCUGUCAAGAUUUAUAUCUUCGAUGUUACUGAUAAAAUGAAUCGUUCAGCUGGACUUGCCAUCGAACAUGAGUGCCGGGUUGAAUAUGAUGUCGAAGAGUCUUGCAGUGCGACUAGUGAUGGGUGUGUUGACAGCCAAUCAACAGUGGUUACCAUGCCGACUGGUGGUUAUGUCGUCUAUGGUGUAGCUCAUCAGCACACAGGCGGGAUCAGAUCAACUCUAUAUGGAGAGGAUGGACGGGUUCUGUGUUCGUCAAUACCAAUUUAUGGAAAAGGGAAGGAAGCUGGAGAUGAGGCUGGUUAUAUUGUAGGAAUGUCCACUUGUUAUCCUCAACCCGGCUCAGUCAAAAUAAACGAUGGGGAGACUCUGACUCUAGUAUCUAAUUACAGCAGCUCCCAGACACACACAGGAGUUAUGGAUCUCUUCUACAUUUUGGUUGCAGACUACCUCCCAAAGUCCUCUGUGCUUAGCUUGGACUCUACACUUUGACCAAUAUACUAUUUUUGAGUCGUAUAAGCUAAAGUUGCUCGCAUCCUUCAUCAACGCCGAUGAGAAAGAGGUUGGCGAUGGCCAUAGAUUGAUUUUGUUGUGAACUUCUAUGUAUGAAUUAUGUAAAGUGUCUUGAUUCUGCGUCUCACUCAGUGCUGUGAUAUGUAGACAUAACAAAGCCAAUGUACUUAUAGGAAUAAUUUGGGCUUUUUCUUAAGUGUUUUCUUAUAUGUUGACAUAACAAAGCCAAUGUACUUAUAGGAAUAAUUUGUGUCUACUUUUUUCUAUAUGUGUUUUAUAUACUUGAGUUUGGGUGCC